UACAACACAGCAUUUGACAGACGGGUUUAGGAGGAAGCACAAUGAUGGAAACCAACGGUAUCCAGCUCAAAAGUGCAAACCACGCCAACGAAAAUGGCGUGGACAACCAAGCUUUUGACAUAGAGGAGGACAACAUGACGGAUAGUAGCAGUGUCAAAAGCCAGACUCAAAAGAAAAAAAAGAGUUUGGGAUCAUACCUGAGCCAAGUUUCCAAGCCGAUUAAUGCCACAGAGGAUUACAUCACGGCUCACUCAAAAACCUUCAAAUACAUUGUGCUGGGCAUACUUGGAGCAGGUUAUGUGGCAUACUUCAUCGCAGCCUGUGUAUUGGAUUUCCAGAGGGCCAUCGCUCUUGUGGUCCUCACCAGUUUGGCUGUUGUAGUAAAAUCCUAUGAACUUUUGAAGACAUACAAGGGAAAAAGCAUCAGUCAGUGUUUCAAACCUGCAGUAAAAUGCUUUAAAUCUAACUUCAAAUGGAUAAAAUGGGUUUUCAUGCUUGUUGUUGUGGUCCUGCUUGUUUUUUGGCUCGUCUGGGACACAAGCAAACGUCCUGAGCAGCUCAUCUCAUUCGGAGGUGUGUGCAUGUUCAUUCUGCUUUUGUUCAUCUUCUCAGCACAUAGGACAGCGGUGUCAUGGAGGCCUGUCUUCUGGGGUCUCGGGAUGCAGUUCUGUAUUGGCCUUUUUGUUAUAAGAACAGAGCCUGGACUUAUAGCUUUCGAAUGGCUUGGAAAACAAGUGCAGAUAUUCCUCGACUACACCAAAGAAGGCUCACGAUUUGUUUUUGGGGAUCUGAUCGGAGACAUUUUUGCCUUUCAAGCUUUGCCCAUUGUUGUGUUCUUCAGCAGUGUGAUGUCAGUCCUUUACUUUUUGGGCAUAAUGCAGUGGCUAAUUCUGAAGAUCUCAUGGCUUAUGCAGAUAACAAUGGGAACCUCUCCCACUGAGACCUUGAGUGUUGCAGGCAAUAUAUUUGUUGGGCAGACUGAGGCGCCGCUGCUGAUUCGCCCCUAUUUAAAAGACAUGACCAAAUCUGAGAUCCAUGCUGUAAUGACUGGAGGAUUUGCCACAAUUGCAGGCAGUGUCAUGGGGGCAUUCAUCUCAUUUGGGAUUGAUGCAUCUUCCUUGAUAUCAGCCUCUGUUAUGGCUGCUCCCUGCGCAUUGGCCAUCUCCAAGCUGUCUUACCCAGAGACAGAGAAAAGUCUUUUCAAGUCAGAUAAGAAUAUCAAAAUAGCCUGUGGUGAUGAACAGAACAUUUUGGAGGCUGCCAGCAGUGGAGCGUCUGCCUCAAUAGGUCUUGUUGCUAACAUUGCAGCAAACUUAAUAGCCUUUCUCGCCAUCCUCGCGUUCAUAAAUCAAGCUUUGAGUUGGCUUGGAGGUAUGGUGGGAUAUCCUGAUAUCACAUUUGAGUUAGUUUGCUCUUACGUGUUCAUGCCUGUGGCCUUCAUGAUGGGAAUACCAUAUGAGGAGAGUUUCAUCAUUGCCGAACUAAUUGGCACAAAGCUCUUCCUCAAUGAGUUUGUGGCUUAUGAGAAAUUGUCUGAAAUGAAGGACAACAGAAUAAAUGGACUUGAGGACAGACAAAUUAUUUCUGUCCGAUCAGAAGUAAUCACCACUUAUGCUCUGUGUGGGUUUGCCAACUUCAGCUCACUGGGAAUUGUGAUUGGAGGCCUUUCCACUAUAUGCCCAUCUAGAAGAUCUGAUAUCUCGUCUCUGGUGUUGAGAGCUAUGAUCACCGGGACUUGUGUUUCUCUUGUCAAUGCUUGCAUUGCAGGGAUCCUCUUUGUUCCUCCGCUUGACUGUGUGGAACUGUUCAAGGUAUCCAUGUUCAACGCCACAGAAGCAAACAUACAAACUUGCUGUAAUGACCUCUUUCAAAGCACUGUAAACAAUGGGACCAUCUCAUUUGAAGGAUCAUGGAGCACAGUAGCAAAUGUCACAGUGUUUUUCUCUAAAUGUUGUCAGUGUUGUGGUCUUUCUGAUGUGGCAGUUUGUAAUUAGAGAAAAAAAUAUCAGUGUCUGUUUUUAAUUCGGCUUUCAGUUACAGUGUGAUUUCUGUCACAGUUCAUGUAUAAAUGUAAAGACUAUAUGCAUAGCUUUAAACAUAAAUGUGCCUUUUUUGUAUUAUAUUGUAAAUUAAUUCAGAUGUCAGCUUUAUUUAAGGCCAAGGGUUAAAAGGACACACCUUAAUAUAUCCUGUAUACCUCAGGAAAUAUUCAGGCAUCAGCAGUUGAAUGUAAACAUUUUAAAUUUAAUUGAAUGAGACUUUAUUAUUUUGUGUAAUUGAUAAUUACACAUACAAUCACACUUUUUAUAUGAAUAAAAACCUAUGUAAGUGAAAACAUAAAUCAUGAAAACAUGAAUGCUUGAACACAUAUGUUUUAGACUUUUAUUUAAAAAAAAAAAAAAACCUGACAUGGUAUAACAAACCAGACAGCACACAUUGUAAACACACACAUUUAUCCUUCUUUGCCACUCACCCACUUGCACACUCACUCACACACUCAUGUUUACUACUUUUUUUUCACACCACUUGAAUUUAGUCCUUUGACUUUAUGUACACAUACACAAUACAAGGAUUUGUUUUGCAUGACACCACACCUUAAAAUGACAGCAUUUUCACCAUCAUCUUCUGGUUGACAUACAUUUACUUAUUUUGCUAUUACAAAUAUCUUAUCUCCAUGUGUUUUUUUUCUUUCAUAAACAAAUCCUCAAGCAGUUUAAGUAAAUGUAUAAGUAACAACAGUUGAAGUUUAAGAGUGGCUAUUUGAACUCAUCUGUAGACUCUCAUAGAUCAUUAACCAAGAAUCCGUUACAGAAAUUUCUGAAGCUCUCUUGUCAGUUUUGUAUUAUUAUUAAAAAGGAAAUUUAAAUAAAGUUGAAUACCUGUGUAAACAUCAUGAGAUAACAGAUUCUUUUUUAUUUGUAUUCUACCCCUAAUGUUUAAGUACAUGCUGGGUUUGCAACUUAUAAAAAGGCAAUGCUAAUGAUUGGUACGGUUACUAAUGAUAAACUAUUGGUAAGCUAGGGCUGAUUGUCAGUUCUAGUAAAACUUUACACAUUUCACUCUAGGGGCCGUGCCUUGUGAUCAAGAAGCCUCUGAAAAUCCUGAGUUGGCUCUUUAGGUUAUUUUGCCCAUGUGCUUUUAUCCCACAGUCCAUAUGUCAGGUCCAAAUAACAGUGAAACGUAUUCAGUAGCUUUCCUUGUUGCUGGAGACAAGCUUGUGUGUUUGAAUAUCAAUGAGCAUAGUCAUACCACAGUUAAAGAGUUUAUUUUUAAGGCCCUUACUGCUAUUCCUUUGUCUGUUGUAUUCAACAGAAUAUACUCUGAAAUACUGAAAGAGGAUUGUUUAAGCAGGUAUACAUACAUAAUUAACAAAUACACACAAACAUCUUUGACCUAAAAAUGGUGUUGUAUUUUCACAGCAUGAGCUCACAAUUGCUCUGUAAUUUUGAGACAUAAAGAAAUGCUGCAUAGGCAGUUCUAAUGCUAACAUAACAUCUCCAAAAUAAACCCUACACACAUAAUGUACAUCACAGAUGAACAUGCAGUGCCUAAUAUGGAUACAUGACCUCAAUCACGUCUGUGGUUGAGGUCA